AUGGCAACCCGUUCCCGGCCACCCUCUCAAACCCGCUCCCCUAUCAAUCAAGGGGACCUGGGACCCUUCCUUCCGUCAGCCGCCCCUGUUGAGCUUGGGGAAGUAUCCCUUGAGCGCGUCACACGCCUCCUCCUUGGCCUCCUUGGCCAAGUCAAACGCCUCAAACGGGAAGUUGGGGAAAUCAAAGAAGCAGGGAUCAAGACCCGCACCAACGUCAAAAAUAUAUCCCAAGCCGUCAAUGUUGUCAAGGAUGGGCUUAGAAGCCUCCAGCUCCACGGGCCCCGGACCCCAGAGGAUACCAAGCCCCCGGUCGUGGAAGCAACGCCACGCCCCCUAUCAAAAGUCGACCCUAUUGGAUUGACUAGUCGGGUCUUGUUCUGGCCCAAACCAUCCAAAGGGCUCCCCAUCUUUGCCCAACCCACUCCCGUACGAGCAGUGCCCCCGCAAGUCCCAUCUCCCUCUCUAUCUUUGCAUCUCCAAUCCCCGAUUGGAGCAUCUGCCCCUCCACCUCCGGCUCCAAUUGCCGCCUAUCCUGCCCCAGUCAAAGUAGACCACCCAGAUGCCUAUACAGGCAAAAUUGGGAGCAAAGCCAAACAAUGGCUUACAAGGAUGCUGGCUUGGACCCGGUUGAACUCCUGCAUGUUCCCUACGGACCAAGAGGUCCUAUCCUUCCUCCUAAUGAACAUGAAGGAUUCCGCGGGAGCAUGGGCCCACCCUCACCUUGACCAGCUUGGAUCACACCGAGCAAUCAUUCAAACGGUCGAGGGAUUCAAAUUGGAGUUCCUGGCAGCAUUCGGCGACCCUGACGCCACAAGGGCCGCUGAGCGGAAGAUCACUACUCUCACCCAGUCUGGCACAUGCGCAGACUAUAUCACAAAGUUCAGAACCCUGGCAAUGGAACUGGACUGGAACAACGCGGCCCUCAGAGGCCAGUUUGCCCGUGGCCUCCACUGGGAGGUCAGCCGCCAAAUUGCAACCCGCAAACACCGGCCCCAAACACUCCUUGAGCUGCAGAACGCAGCACUCGUCAUUGACAACGCUCUCCGCAAAGAGCGUGCUAGCCACCCACCAAGGGAUAAUAAGCCUAGCAGACCAUCCAACCCCACAAGGGGGACAAGUACCGGCCAAGCCACAUCCGGUUCAAAGAAACUCUCCAACAAUCCCAACUUUGUGUCGGAAGAGGAACAAAAUCGCCGCCGCGCCGCUGGCACUUGCAUCAAAUGCGGCAAAAUGGGCCAUAAGUUUGCGGAAUGCCGCACUGGCUGGAAGGCUACCCCUAUUGAGGACAAAGGGAAAGCCAAGGAAACUGCCAAAAUUGGCAAAGACUCCAAGUACCAAUUGGGAAAAGAUAACAAUAGAAUAUCCCCACUCUUCACAAUUUCAAUUAAGCCAGAGAGACAAGCGGAACAUUUAGAAGUCCUGAUAGACUCAGGCACAACAUCUUCAUUCCUCCACCCUCGUACCGCAGAAACACUCUGUCUUCCCCUCAUAGACCUUCCUUCACCCCGUACUGUCACUAUGCUUGAUGGGUUGAGCCCCCAGGCCGGAAAAAUCUGGAAGAAAGCUAACCUAACCUUCUCCCUUGAUGGCAAGAAAAUGACCAAGACCUUCCUCAUAUGCAAUACAGGGUCUCAUGCCGCCAUCCUGGGGUUGAAAUGGUUGGAUGCACAUAACCCAGAGAUUGAUUGGAAUGCGCAAACCCUCUCCUUUCCCCAUACACCACCAGAACACGUGGUCAUUGCCAAGGAAGAAGAAGCUGAUCAAAAACCCCUUGAAGGAGUACCCCUGGAAUACCACCAGUACGCCAAGGUAUUUGGGGAGGAAGAAUUCAACAAGCUUCCCCCACACCGGCAUUAUGACAUUGGGAUUGAACUCACGGAGGAAGGCCCCCUCAACUUGCCUCUCUAUAGUAUGACCAAUGCUGAGUCCGCUACGCUCAAGGACUGGCUUAGGGACGAACUCAAGGCGGGCAAAAUACGCCCUAGCAAGUCUUCCAUCAGUUCCCCCGUGAUGUUUGUUCCAAAAAAGGACGGUUCCCGUUGCUUGGUUGUUGACUACCGCCGCUUGAAUAACCGGACCAAGAAGAACGUUUACCCGUUACCCCGCCCCAACAACCUCAUGGCCCAGCUCCGUGGCGCCAAGGUCUUCACCAAGUUGGAUCUAAGAUGGGGUUACAACAACGUCCGCGUUAAAGAGGGUGACAAAUGGAAAACAGCGUUCCAAACCAAGUACGGCCUCUACAAGUCCCUGGUCAUGACCUUUGGCCUGACAAAUGCCCCUGCCGCCUUUCAGCAUUUCAUGAACAAACUAUUCAAGGACUUACUGGACGUAUGCGUCAUCAUCUACCUUGAUGACAUCCUAAUUUACUCCAAGGAUGACGCAUCCCACGCAAAGCAUGUCCACAAGGUCCUAAAGCGGUUAAUGGAUAACCAGUUAUUCUGCAAGGCAUCAAAAUGCACCUUUCACGUCACCUCUGUAGAAUAUCUAGGGAUUAUUGUCUCCAAUAAGGGAUUUAGUCUGGAUAAACUCAAAAUCCAGGCAGUUCAAGAAUGGCCCACGCCCACCAAGGUUAAGGAAGUACAAUCCUUCCUUGGAUUUGCCAACUUCCUCCGUCAAUUUGUUGCCAACUUUAGUCACAUGGCCAGGCCACUACACAAUCUGGUCAAGAAGGAUACGGUAUGGAACUGGGGCCCCAAGGAACAGGAAGCUUUCCAGAACUUAAAGGAUUCAAUCACAAAUGCACCCGUACUUUGCCACGCAGAUCCCACCAAACCCUAUUUCCUGGAAACGGACGCAUCCGGCGCAGCUUUGGGAUCCAUACUUAGUCAACGUCAAGGAGAUGGCCGGUUACACCCACUGGGUUUCCUUUCAGAGUCAUUUAAGGGAGCAGAACAGAAUUAUGAUACGCACAACAAGGAAUUACUUGCAAUCAUCCGCUCCUUUGAAUACUGGCGCAUCUUCUUGGAAGGGACAGUUCACCCAAUCACGGUCUUUACGGAUCACCGGAACCUAGAAUACUGGAAGGAGUCAAGGACCUUUAACCAACGUCACGCACGGUGGCACCUGCUAUUAGCAGGAUACAACUUCCAAAUCGUGUAUUGCCCUGGUAAACAGUCCGGAAAACCAGACGCCCUGUCCCGCCAAUCCAAUCAUGCCGAUGUUCCCCCUGCCAACCAGACCAUGCUACCAGACCCUGUUUUUGCCAACAUAGCCGUAGUAACGCCCGAGAAAGAGAUCCAGCGCCUGAUUGGAGCCGCCCUAGACCAAGACGAAUCCCUGGAGGAAAUAUUACAAUUCCUCCAAAACAAGUCCAAGGCACCCCCAUCCAUCAAACGCGCAUUCAAGGAUUACCAGAUGGAGGCAGGACUUCUUUUCUACCAGGGACAAAUUGUGGUACCAGACGUUGGGACUUUGAGAACGGACCUUCUCCAGAUUUUCCAUGACAGCCCCUUGGCAGGCCACCCGGGAAGACAACGGACACUAGAACUACUAUCCUGUAAUUACUACUGGCCAGGCAUCCGUGCGGACACCUACUGGCAUGUGGAUUCCUGUGAAACCUGCCAACAAAUAAGGAAACCAAAGUACACCUCCAUUCCUCCGCAGCCGCUUGAACUCCCAACUAGACCAUGGCAACACGUCUCCUAUGACAUGAUCGUAGACUUACCAAGGGACGGGAACCACGACUCAAUCCUGGUCAUAGUAGACAGCUUCACCAAAUAUGGGAUCUUUGUCAAAUGUUCCAAGAAGCUAAAGGCACCCAAGCUAGCGGAGUUGUUCCUGGAACACGUAUGGAAACGCCACGGCAUGCCGGAGAAGACUAUAUCCAACAGAGGGAGGGUCUUCAACAAUAUAUUCCUACGGGCCCUGUACAAACGCCUUGGCAUUGACCCACACUUCUCAUUGGCAUACCACCCCCAGAGCGACGGACAAACAGAACAAGUCAACCCUUCUAUCAAACACUUCCUCAGGGCUUAUUCAGGGGUCAAUCAACGGGACUGGGCUAAAUGGCUCCCCAUGGCGGAGUUUGUCUAUAACAACGCCGUACAUAGCAGCACGGGCAAAACUCCCUUCAAGGCCUUAUAUGGUUGGGAACCCACCCUGACACCUUCCAACGUACCAACGGACGUCCCAGAAGCAGACGAUCUGGCCCAGACCAUGGAAGCACAAUGGAACAAAGUAGAGUCUGCUCUCCGGCAAUCUAAGCAACAGAUGACAGCUGGGGAAGACAGGAGUCCAACGGAGUUUGAAAUCGGAGAAGAAGUAUGGCUUGACGCCAAAAAUGUCAACCUGAAGACCCUAAGCCCCAAACUAACAGAACAGCGCUUAGGGCCAUUCAAAGUCACCAAGAAAAUCUCCAAUCGCGCGUACAGACUUGAACUUCCACCAACAAUGCGCAUUCAUAACGUAUUUUACGUGGGUCUACUGUCAAAAGUUAAAAGGGACAAAACGCGCGCCUUUGAAAAUCGUCCACCGCCAGUCACAGUAGACGGAGAAGAGGAAUACGAGGUGGAAGGAAUAACCAAUGCAGAAGAACGCAACGGAAAAUGGUUUUUCCGGGUAAAAUGGAAGGGUUACGGCUCCGAAGAGAACACGUGGGAGCCCAGGGAGAACCUAAAAAACGCAGAAAAAAUUUUGGAGAAGUACGAGAAGGACAUGAGAAAGAAGGCCCUUGGCGCCGCCAAGGCCCUUAGAGGGGGGGCAGUGUCGUAG